AAGCAGUCGACGCACAAGUGUGGAGUGAAAUUCUUGGCUCUUGGCACAUCGCUCUUUGUGUACCCUGUUGCUCAGAACAGUUGAAAUAAUACGUACAUAGAUAUAAAAUAGCCUUCAAAAAGUGUAAUACAGAUAAAAAAAAUUGUGUGAAACUGUGUCGCGUUUUUUUUCAUUUAUGUAAAAAAAAAGAGUUUUGAAAAUAAAAACAAAAUAAGUCAGUGUCAGCUGUCACGAUACUAUUUUUUAUUAUCAUUUAUUUUGUCAUUGAAUUUUUGAAUUCCUUUUUGUGACAUUUAAUGUGUGGGAAUUUUUGGAAUUUUUAAAUUCAGUCUAUUAAUGAACUGAUAGUGAAUUAGUACUGAAUUUUUAGAGUAGGGAAUAUUUUUUUCCUUUUUUUAAGGAGGUGCGGUCUUCCUUAUGUUGUUGAGUUUCACUUUUCCGUAAUAGUGUUUGAGAGUGUCCUAUAGCCCACAAUAUAAAGUGGGGGAAAAAACUCAGUGUUUUUGUUUUUUAGUAUUUUUGUAAAUUUUUUUUAUUCGGGAGGAAUUGAAUGGUGUUCUGUUAGAGUGAACUAAAGUUGUGAAUUUUCUCCUUUCUUGUUAGUUUUUUUUGAGUUUUUCUUCUAGGAGGGAAAAAAUAUUAUUUAUUUGACUUUUCACAAUUUUAUUAAUAACCAAUUAUGGCGGAAGCCCAUUCAGCUGUCGCAUUUAGUUUUGCAAUUACUCAUGAGGGAUGGGACGUAAACUUUGAUAGAGAAGUUCUCCAUCUUGUCUGGCAAUCUGGUAUUCGUUCUUGGAAAAAGAGAUUUUUCCGAUUCCAGAAUAAUUUAAAAAGUGGCGUUUACCCAGCCUCAUUGGGAAGCUUGUGGCUCACAAUAACUUUAGUGACAGCAGUUCAUUUUGCAGGAUAUAAAGUUCCUUAUGAUUUAGUAGGAAAAGUAUCUCCAUACCUAUCAGGGUCUUCCAUACCGGCACAUCUCGCAGGCUCGAUUGUAGUGGGACUGUUAUUGUGGCUGGUUGUGAUAUACGCAAUUCGUUACACUUUAAAAUUAUUACUUAUUUAUAAGGGAUGGCUUUUCGAAGCAAGAGGCAGGGGAAGUCGUCCCUCUUAUUUAACCCUACUGUGGUUUUAUUUAGUCAAAUUAUUUUCUGGCUGGAACAAACCCAUGCUGUACAGUUUCCAAGGUUCACUGCCAAGACUUCCACUUCCCUCCGUUGAAGACACGAUGAAAAGGUAUUUAAUGAGUGCACGUCCCCUAUUAGACGAUGGGAAUUACACACGAAUGGAAAAAUUGGCAAAAGAAUUUCAACAAGGAAUUGCCGUGAAACUGCAACGUUAUUUAAUGCUAAAAUCAUGGUGGUCGACGAAUUAUGUUUCCGAUUGGUGGGAGGAAUAUGUCUACUUACGUGGUCGUUCGCCAUUAAUGGUGAAUUCCAAUUUUUAUGGUAUCGAUGCAAUUUUAAUGCAUCCAACGACAGUUCAGGCGGCGCGUGCUGCAUCGACGAUUCAUUCAUGUCUACAAUACAGACGUCUCAUCGAACGACAAGAAUUAGAACCAAUUCUCAUACAAGGCUUGGUGCCCUUGUGCUCGUGGCAAUAUGAAAGACUUUUUAAUACAACGAGAAUACCUGGAAUUGAGACAGAUAAAAUAAUUCAUUAUCAAGAUGCUAAACACGUUGUUGUUUAUCAUAAAGGCAGAUACUUCAAGGUGCUUAUCUAUUACAAGAAUAGAAUUCUCAUGCCGUGUGAAAUUGAACAGCAAAUUCAACAAAUUUUGAAUGACACUUCGUUGCCAGCUGAGGGAGAAGAAAGAUUAGCGUCGCUCACUGCUGGAGAAAGAACUCACUGGGCACAAACUAGACAAAAAUAUUUUUUCAAAGGCGUUAAUCGAGCUUCCUUGGAUUUAGUUGAAAAAGCUGCCUUUAUUGUUGUUCUUGACGACGUUCCUUAUGAAUUCGAUAAGAAACAUCCGGAAAAACUUGACAAUUACGGUAGAAUUUUACUACAUGGAAAAGGUUACGACAGGUGGUUCGACAAAUCAUUCACAUUGUGCAUUGGCAGCAAUGGCAGGAUUGGUUUUAAUGCAGAGCACUCGUGGGCAGACGCAGCAGUAAUGUCACACAUGUGGGAGUACGUGAUUUCUGACGAUGCUCAAAAUCCAGUGGCCGAUGCACCUAUUAUGGGAAGCUUGUGGGAAAGUGUUCUCGGUACCGCAGUUGAUGUUGGAUUUCGAGAAGAUGGACACACCCUUGGAACACCGGAAUUAGUACCUCCAGCUCCAUCGCGUCUUCAGUGGGAUUUAAACAAAGAUUGCUUGGAGGCAAUAGAAAAAUCGUAUUUAGAAGUGGAAAAAUUAUUGAACGAUGUGGAAUUGAGAAUUUACGUUCACGAUAUUUAUGGAAAAGGUUUUAUGAAAAAAUGUUCGAUGUCACCGGACGCUUAUAUUCAAAUGGCACUGCAAUUGGCUUAUUAUCGAGACGCGGGACAUUUUAGUCUCACCUAUGAGGCAUCAAUGACGAGAUUAUUCCGCGAAGGCAGAACCGAGACAGUGAGACCUUGCACCAUUGAAUCGUCCGCUUGGGUUAAGGCCAUGGAGGAUAAAUCAAAAACAGUCGACGAACGACUUAAAUUAUUAGAUAAAGCAGUGAUCGUCCAUCAAAUGGGCUAUCAAAAGGCAAUGGUCGGCAAGGGAAUCGACAGGCAUUUAUUUUGUCUCUAUGUUGUUUCCAAAUAUUUGGAAGUUGAUUCCCCAUUUCUGAAGGAGGUGCUGAGUGAGCCUUGGAAAUUAUCAACUUCACAAACGCCUCAUGGACAAACAACGAGAAUUAAUUUGAAGAAAUUUCCGAAUUGUAUUUCCGCUGGUGGCGGAUUUGGUCCAGUAGCCGAUGAUGGUUAUGGUGUUUCGUAUAUUAUUGCAGGAGAGGAUUUGAUAUUUUUCCAUAUUUCUAGCAAACGUAGCUCCCCUGCGACGAACUCAGUGCGAUUUGGCGAGCAAAUCAAGAAGGCUCUAAUGGACAUGAAAAAUCUCUUAGAGGAAAAGAAAAAGCCCACGGUUCAAAAGAAUGGAUCAACAUAAUUAAGGGAGAAAAUUAUCUGAAUGAAUUUCAGAUUUGGAAUUGUACAAUUUUUUUUCUCACUAUAAGAGAAAAAAGCAAAAAGGUGGAGGAGGAUCUCGUGUUAGAAAUAGUUGUGUAAAUUUUCCAAAAAAAAAAGAAAAAUUUGCCUAGAAAAAUUAUAGAAAAGCACAAAAGAGACGAAAGAAAAAAGUGAUUGUCUAUAGAAAAAUUUUUCCAGUGCAAAAUGUAGUUAAUUAAAAAAUCUUUUUAAUUUGAGAUCUCCUCAAGUGGCUGAUGCAAAAGCAUCUUGUGUACAAAACAAAAAGUUUUUGUAAAUUGUGACUAUAAACAAUUUUACUUAUUUUUUUUUUUAAUUUAGAUAAGCUCAAUUGUUUUCUUAAUUAUAAUUCUUAAAAAUAAGUUCAACAAAUAUUACGAAAAUAUUUUUCUUAGAUUAUAAUUUUUAAAAUUAUUUUUGUAAACUUUGCAAAUUAUAAAUUUGGUUGUUUUUCUAAAUUCUGAAAUUUUUUUCGAAAAGACUGCUGAUACAAUUAAAAGUUAUACAAUUAUUGGGACGAAAAAAAUUACAACUUCUGUGAAGUGUACUUUUUAUAAACUUCAUAUUGAGCUGUAAAAUACUCCAUAAAUUAAUGCAAAAAACACUUCGUUGAUUGUGAAAAAAAAUUCUUUUUUCAUUGUAAAAAAACUCAGUAUAAUUGUACAGUUUUUCAAAUUUUUAACUAAACUUGGAUAAAGAGGUCCAGAAUGUAGAAUUCUAUGACAAAUUAGAAUAAUGAAUGAAUUUAUCAGAAUUGAAAA